UCGUCGACCUCGGGGAGUGGGAGGAUCUUUACAACCAGCGAUCGCUGGAUCCUGUCCUCGUGGGAACGAUAAAAGAAGCAAUGCAGUAUGUGUUUGAAAAUAAAGAGCAGACGUACGAGUUGCCGAUCUUCAAGCUCACACCACUGGGGCUUCAAAAACCAACUCCCGGGACCAAGGCUCUACGUCUGAAGCCAGAGGAGUGGAGGGACGAGCUGACGGGAGAAUACUACUACUACGAGGUGUGCGGGCAGCAUAACGCGGCUGCAACCCGGCCGCUGCUCGGGAGCGAGGUGGCCAAGAAGUACAAUUUCGAGCGGUGGCCGACGCGAAUGCUUUACUUUUCGGACGACGACUUCGAAGGGUAUUUUCCUGUUAGUUCACGAGACAACAAGAAGGACCUGAAGGCGCCUCCCAGACAGUUGAAGCUGUCUAUGAAAGACAUUUGGUGGCAGUGGAAGCAUAACGGCUGUCCGAGAGCUGUGAUGGGGAACCCUAGCGUGAAACAAGAUCAGGUCCGGGCUUGGCGCCGGCUCCCCGUCGUUGGCGAAAUUGGGGAAGCUCAACGUGCAGGACAUGGUGCAGCUGGUGAAGUGCGACCACAUGCUGGUCCGGUUGUGGAAUUACUACCAAUUCAAACACGAGAAGAGGCCGGACGCGGAUUGGAUCCAAAGGGCAGUGUCUACGAGGAUAUGGAACGCAAUCCGACACAAUUCGUCGGUCUUCUUGAUUUCCUUGGCAAGAAGGGAGAGGGUGUCGUGUUCCUUGGGAAACCGCACGCACGAAGCGUCUGGGAUCUUCUGAAGGCCAGCCGGCACGUUGUCGCGAUGGAAGGGAACGCCGAGCUCUUGCAAUUCACGAUGCAGGUGGUGAAAAAGCGAGCUUUGCUUGCUCUGGGCAGUCGCUCCGGCGGAAACUUGAAGUCUGCCGGGAUCCGAACUACGUCCGCUGAGGAGCCCCUAGAGCGGUCCGGAAUGCAAAGCCGCUCGGGGUCGGGGGAGCCAAGCAAGGAUUCCGAAAUUGGCAGCAUUGCGGCGCGGGACGAAAACGUGGGAAAGGUGUCGCCUGAGGAGGAGCGACAGCCGCAAGGAUUGCAGCGAGAGGCUGCAGGUACAGGGUCCGGCAACACGGAGACGACGAAGUCCGCCGAGAUCCGAACUUCUUCGGGCGGGGGGUGUCGGCCAGGGAUUGUCGUGCCGUUGAGAGGGGCAGCGUGCACGGAGACGGAAGGGCGGUCCUUGGGAUUCAGCACGGGUACCGCGGAAGGGGAUGAGUUUCGUGGAAGGGAAGUAGGGGAGAAAAUGGAGGAACGGAGCCAGGCCCUAUGAGCGGCGGGCACCAUGGGUCGGCAGUCGUGAGUUUGGUCCGUAGGCGAAGGAGUGGCCAUGGGGUAUUUUGGUAGGCCCGCGUGCCGUGCGACAACAAUU